UAGUAGUAGGAGGAGGAGGAGGAGGAGGUGUAAUAGUAGUAUUGGUAGAGAAUGUGUAGUAUAUGAAGCAGUGAAUGAGUAUGUAGUGAAUAUUAGUAUUACUAACACUAGUGGUAUUAUUAGUGUUAGUGGUAGUAUUGGCUGAAUUGGCAUUAGUAUUAUUAGUAGUGGGUGUGUAGGGAAAGUGAGUCAGUGUGUGUGUGUGUAGGGUUAGUGAGCAGGCUGUGAUUUAGGACGCGUCCCGGGCAGAUCCCUGCUCCCGUGUGUGGGAAGCGUUUCAUAUUAACACAGCUGUAACUUCAGUCAGAGCGUUGAGUCUCUUCUCCGUGUGUAAAAGCCUUAGGAAUGGCCGCUUUCUCUAACGGAAACCGUAGGCAAAGUAUUGACAGCCAAUCAUCGCUCAGAAGGUCAUCGUAACUAGCCAAUCAGAGCUGCUCAGGUCUGGUGUACGAGCGGGGAGUGACGGUCCGCACCUGUUUCCGUCUCGCCCUGGGAUCGCCCUGGGAUCGGCGAAACCAAACCUGAUCAGACCGGUUUCCAGAGCUGCUGUUUCACACAACACACGAUAUACGAUUCACACCGCUGCAGGGAGGAUAAAAUACCCACAAGCAGCAUGGCCCGAGGACACCAGAAGAUCCAAUCUCAGCAGAAAAAUGCCAAGAAGCAGGCUGAGAUCAAGAAGUCGAAAGGCCACGACCAGAAGACGGCAGCGAAGGCUGCGCUGGUGUACACGUGUGGUGUCUGCAGGUCGCAGAUGCCGGAUCCGAAAACGUUCAAGCAGCACUUUGAGAGCAAACAUCCCAAAAAUCCUCUUCCUCCGGAGCUGGUGGGUGUGGAAGCCUGAACGUCGCUCCCCAAACCUGCGCUGCGGCUUCACGGUCAAAGACUGUUAAUGGUGUCAACUGUUUCCCCAACGGCAAAAAAAAAAACGCACGCAGACGCCUGCCUGUCUGCCUGCCUGUCUGUGUGUCUGUCUGUCUGUCUGUCUGUCUGAUCAAAUACACACUGGUUUGGUGUUUAAUCCGUGUAACUCACCGCUGCGCUGGUGUACGGUGGGGCUGAUGAUAAACGGCUGACGGGUGUGAGUUCCCGAUAGAAUUCUAGAAGUACCGUAUUUUCCGGAUUAUAAAGAUCUAAUCUAUAAAUACAGUGAUCUGAUAACGACUUCUGUGUUCUGCUAACGUUGCACCUGCUCACGUUCCCGCCUUCGUUUGACCUUCUAAAGAUAAGUAUUAUUUUAACAGCCAGCGUCUUUUAAAGUGUCGCGUACGGCGAAUGUUACGGAACGACAAGCAAGCUGUAUAUUGUUGUUAAUUAUACAGCAGAGUGACGUAAGUAUUUCUGAUUUCUUCUUCCUCAAGAGACCGGCGGAAUUAUUCAGCAUUGGAUCUUGUACUCCGGAAAAUACGCUCAUCAGAACCUGUGGUUGAAUGGAUUUUAUGUAAGAUAUAAAAGUGAUUUUUUUGGGUUUUUGUUUCUCUAAUUUCUCAGAGAUGACUGGAUGUAAACGAGGGUGAUUACCACUUUACUAUACUCCUUUAAUUUCGCUGCAGAAAUACUGAUUAUUCAUCACUGGAAUGGUGUUCAGAGAUCUGUAUUGGAGACGACGUCCACGCUUCUGUCACCUGCUUCCUGCGCCAAUGUAAUAUAACAUCCUAAUAAAGUCUAAUUUUCUUUA